AGGGGAAUCAAAUCUCUCCGCCUUCCUCUCUUCUCUCUCCCUCUCUCCCCCCUUCUUUGAUCUCGAUGAAGGCGCUCGCAAAUUCGAAGGGUGGAAGGGUUCCGCCCUCCGAGACCCUGACCCCUUCUUCGCAGAAGCAGCGCCCUCCUCGGGCCCCAAAGGAGAACGUCGACCCCAACACCACCCCGCCGGAAUCCUCUCCUUUCAUGUCUCCCGGAAAGCCGCUCUCCGCCAGGAACCGGAGCCCGCUUCCCCCCAAGCCGCCUCUCCCCUCGUUCCACGGCGGCAACCCUCUCAAGCGGAAGCUGAGCCUGGAAACCCUCGCCGAGAAUGGGGUCCGCCCUCGAUGUCGUCAGAUUCGGGCGUUCAGGUACUUGUGCGAGUGCGACCACCAAGCAAGGAAGAAGGGGAUCCGAUUGUAGAAAAGAUCUCCUCAAACUCCAUUUCGAUCCUUGACCAUACCUUCACCUUUGACUCAGUAGCUGAUGCCAGUUCCACUCAGGCGAGUCUCAAAUAGUAUAUAUGCACUUUGAAUUAGAGAUCUCUCUUCAACUCCUUUACCUUCCGAGCGCCCCCUAACGCUUAACAUUUAAAGUCCUCAUCUUCUGAACUCUUGAGUGUCUUAACAGGAUGAUAUAUUUCGACUCGUCGGGCUUCCAUUGGUGGAGAACUGCUUGGCCGGGUUCAACAGUUCCAUAUUUGCGUAUGGGCAGACUGGUAGUGGAAAGACGUAUACGAUGUGGGGACCUCCGAGCGCUCUGUCCGAAGAUUCUUCGAGUAGUGAGUGGGGUUUGACUCCACGUGUUUUUGAGCGGCUUUUUUCUCGCAUAAAUGAAGAGCAAGCUAAGCAUUCCGACAAGCAGCUGAAUUACCAGUGUCAUUGUUCCUUUCUGGAGAUCUACAAUGAGCAAAUUACUGAUCUUUUGGACCCAACACAAAAGAAUCUUCAGAUUAGGGAAGAUGUUAAAGCUGGCAUUUAUGUUGACUGUUUGACAGAGGAGUAUGUGUAUACAAUGAAGGAUGUGAUCCGUCUGCUGACAAAGGGAUUAGCAAACAGGCGAACAGGUGCAACCAGCAAAAAUAUGGAGAGUUCCCGUUCUCACUACGUAUUUACUUGCAUUGUUGAUUCCCAGUCAAGGGUAGAAAUUGUGUUAACAAUCAAAGUUCACUUGGAGAUAAAGAUUUCAUUAUGAUGUUAACAGAUUAAAAAAUCAUAUAAAUAUAUGUAGGUCAAACGGUAGCUUCCUUGUUCAACAGUGAAACCUUUGUCAAUUAUUUGCAAGGUUGUGGAAUCAUGCUUUGCUUAGUCUUAAAAUGCUACACAUUUGUGUUGUCUUAGUUCACCUUGUAAAGAUAUUUAAA